AUGCAAAGCGGGCAGAGAAAGCAGGCUAAUAGUCAAGUUACGGUCAACACAGAGACGAUCCGCGUUCCCUACCUGGGGGGAAUCGAGGCGGCAUACCAAAUGUCUCGAGAGUAUGAUUCUAUGAAGCCGACUGUUGUCUUCGUUAAUGCCUUUACCACCUCUUCGGAGCCUUACCGCGACUAG